AUGUUUGCAGACGACUUUCUCAUCCUCUCAAAAGCAUCAGAAGCAAACAUUAGGAAUAUAAAGGACAUCUUCGAUAAAUUAUGUUCCUGGUCGGGCCAAGAAAUCAACUACACCAAAUCAGGCCUAUUCUUCUCCAAAAACACCUCGGCAGAACAGAGAAGAAAUGUCAAAUCCAUUCUCGGCAUGAAAAAGCUGAAGGACAACGCCAAAUACCUAGGAAAACAUGUCGAUCUCCAUGAAACCAUCAAGAGCAUCAAGAACCACUUUACGAAUCAUAGCAGGGAUGGACAUGGAGGACACAUCGGAAAGCAAAAUGGGAUCCCUUUCGAAGCACCUCUACAACUCCAAGCUUCAAAAAAUCCUUCUGGGCCGGAAUGGAACAUCAUCAGUUCGGAUGCCGCAUGGAAUAGUAGCAGAUCAUGCCUUGUUGGAGUCCUGCAGCAACCGAAGACACCGCCUUUGCUCUCAUGGUUCCAAGUCUCUCAUGAAGACUCACCUCUCCAAGCUGAGGCCAAAGCUGCACUCCUUGCCCUCAACAUUGCAGCAAAAAGAGGAGCCACAAAGAUCUGGUUUCGUUGCGACGCUUUGCUACUAGUGGAAAAUAAGUUCUCCCCAAGCCAAAGAUUCAUCGAAUUCUCAUCUGCUUGCCCUGACGCCGUCCUCUUCUCCAUGAGCUCCACCACUCGCCUCUCUCUCGCUUCAUUCCCUCCAAUUCCCUCCCCGGUCUCCCGCCGCGCGUUGCUACACGCGCCCCACCUUCCUCGGUCACCCUCCACGUCGCCUACUCGCGUCCUCCUCCCCCUGCACGCCGAUCACCGUCCAACUCUUCGGCGGACGUCGCCGAUCACGAUGUCCAGCAACCAUGCAACGAACCAGCUCGAAUUGAGUGAACUCCGCGACGAGUCCGACUUCGAGAAGCUCCUCUCCCCCGCCGGCCACAUCUCAAUCUGCGGCUUCGGCUCCCUCCUCUCAGAGAGAAGCGCGAGGAACACGUUCCCCGACCUGAUCAACUUCAGAGUGGCGAGGCUCAACGGCUUCCGACGCGUCUUUGCUCAUGUCGCUCCGAUUUUCUUCGAGCGUCUUAUCGCCAAGCCUGAAACUAAGGAGAUUUCGAGUCUGAGCGUGGAGCCAUGCGAAGGGGAGACUCUCAUUGUUACUGUCUUUGAGAUUGAGCAGUCUGAGAUUCCGGCAUUCAUCGAGAGGGAACUCGAGUUUAGAUUUCUCGCUGUUUUGCCUCACACGCUUGACGGAAAGCCAUGUGAUAAUCUCGUUGUGCUUUGUGCUCGUUAUAGUGAUGAGGAAUUCUUCCGAGUCAGAUGUAAAGGAAGCAAGGAGAUCUAUUUUCAACACUAUGGGCGAUAUGGUAUUGAAAAGAUUUGGCGUGAUGACGUUUUACCUUGUCGUACAUAUCUUCGGCACUGUGUCUUAGCUGCAAAGAACCUCGGUGAUGCUGCUUAUGACAAUUUUCUUGAUCACACCUUUUUGGCGGAUCGCAAAAUGACCAUCCGCGAGUACCUGGAGACAUCAGGAUCAGGUAUUAUGGAAGAGGAGCCUCCUGAGUCUCUGAAAUUCCGUUACGGUGGUUGACAUCAACAGAGAGGGAUCUAACUUCGAAGGAAGGUAUCCAGCAGACUGGAAUUGUAGCAUUAGAAACCUAGAUGAUUCUUCCCGUAGGCUGAAAACGCAUAAUCUGCUGAUUCAAACGGUCAAAAAUAUUCUGAUGUUCUGCUCUGAUGUCGAAUAACAAGGCAAUCGGUGUGAAAUAGCUUCUGGCAAGACUUUGUAGUGAAUUACGUUGUCACAGUUAUACUCCUCUGAACUUUGCGGGUGAGCUCA